AUGUCGACGACGAGAAAGAGUGCCAGCUCGUUGCUUCCUGGAAGUAACCUGAGCCAAUCGAGCCACCGUUCCGUGAUACAGGGUACGAAGAACUUCGUCUGGAAUCGGGAGGAGCUAUCGUCCAAUUUGCCGUACCACAACCAUAACUAUGAGAUUCCGUUCAAUCGGCCUCCGAAUGAGGUUAACUUUAUGGGUGGACUUGGCAGCAAGAAGGCCCACUUCCGGUCGAAGCUACAUCCGCAGCGCUUCUCGACCGUCCAGAAGCUGAUGCGUAUGCGUACAUCGAACCGCAUCCUGGAGACGCUAACCGAGGAUCUGCGGAAGGUGAACCUUUGUCGGCACAAGGGCGAUCAGCAGAAGAAAGCCAACAAUGUGACGGAGUUCAUCAAGAAGAUGACGGACGAGCUGCAGACGGCCGGUAACAUCGAACACUCGACACCGUCGGAUCAGUCGGAUAUGAUGCGCAAUCCGGCCCGGAAGAAGCUCACCAACGAGGACUAUAAGGAGAUGAUCAAGAAGCUCGAUCGGAUUCUGCUCGAAGAUGAUCGACCAUCGGCCGGCCAGAACGUUUCCUUUCGUGAUUGGGCAAUGCGCGAGCGGCACAACUUCAAGAACCGCAGCAACAUCGAGAUGAUGAAACGGGAACGGGAAACGCUCGAGUCGGAGUUGUGCUCGUCGGUGGACACCCGAUCGCACGAGUACAUCUCGAACGAGGGCAGAAGAGUGACGAAGGUGCGCCGGGCCACGAAGAUACCGCAUAUCGAGGGCCAUAUGUAUGGACCGUUUACGCGGCUACCGAUCGAGGAUCCACUGUUGGCGAAUGAGACCAAGUUCGGCAUUCCGCUGAGCCUGCUGGUGCGCUCGUACCGGGAGAUGGACACGAAGAAGGAAGGUGAGCGAACCCUGAUUGAUACCCGAUUGUCUCACAUGAGGAUCCCUCUGUGUCCGAAAAGCAGCGACUCGUCCGAGGACGAGGACCAGAUGGAGGAGGUCAAGAUCCUGUCAUUCCUCCGAACGCCCUACUUCCCCAUUCCGACGAUAAAGCGGCAGAAGAAGCGACGCAAGGAUCGGUUGCGUAGCCGCUGGUUGCAGAAGAACCGCCUCAAGCGCAUCACGAUGCUGCUGUACGAUCGUUCGCUGGAGAACAUGAAGUCGGGCCGCAGACGUAAGGCUGGUCGGUACGGAAGCGAGGUGCCGGCGGUGGUGGCCACUGCUGGUGGUGCUCCUCGUUCGGGGGGCUCUAGUGCUAGUGGUACGGAGGGGCGCACGAAGCGCAAGAGCUCCCCGGCGGUACCGGAGUCGUCCAAAGCAGGGAUAAGUGAGAAGCGCUCCCGGUACUAUCGGUUCAUCGAGGAGAAGUCCCAGCAGUACCGCCGGAUGUACGAUGAGGGAUUGCAGCAGCGGAUGACCAGUUUUCAGGAUUUUAAGGCCAGUGAAACGGUGGGUACCUCCGAGGAUGGGCUGUCGGAGUCGAGCCGUAAGAAGGCCAAACUUCAGGGGUUGAAGCUGAUCGAGGAGAGACCACCGGUCGAGCGGCUUGAGCUGAAGUUUCCACCGAACCGAUUUAAAAGCCUUUCCAAGAGUGACACCCAGAAGGGUGCGUUCUACAUCGAUCCGGAGUUUUACGAUAAGUUGAGGGACCUAAAGCGAUACAAACAACGUUCCAAGUACUACACCAGCCUGAUGCGCGGUAGACCGGACGUACGCCAGCGGCUGCAGGUGAACGCUCCGGAGUUCGAAGAGGAGCAGAUCGGGCACAAGUACAAGUACUUUAGCCGGUUGGCGACGGAAUGGGAUAACUACUACAUCCAUGAGCUGCGUUACCGGCCCCGGAUACGUAAGUUCUGUCCCAAAACCGACAUUCUCAAUAUACGCGAGCAGCGCCGCAAGGUGUUCCUGCAGUACUUCAUCGAGGAGAAUCUGCUUCAGCGCCGGGCACGCCAGAGUCUGGAGCGCCGGUAUGCCAAUUGGAUUAAGAACUUUUGCAAGCGCAUAAGACCGCUGUUCAAGGUGUGGAAGGAGGAAGCGUACUCGAAGCUGGUGGCAGCUACCGAUCGGGAGAAGGAAGCCACCCAGGAGACGGCCCGGUUGAGGGCUACGCUUCAGGAUCGUCAAAACAAGAUGGACUCGGUAACGGAGCGUAUCCUGCUGCUGGAGGAACGCUGGAACCGGGUUAUGCAAAUAAGGAACUACUACUACAUGCUAAUGGAUUCGCAGUGGCGCUUGCAGAACGAUUACUUCCAUCGUGCCUCGGAUGGAUCGCUGUUGACGGUAUCGGAAAGCAUUCGAAACUGCAAAUCGUUGUUCAUCCGCACCGAGGGCAAUAAUGUUGCUACGGAGAUUGCGGAGUUCUAUCUGGGGAAAGCCUUCCCGGAGUUGGAACGCUUGCCCAGCUGUGAUCCGGAUGCUGAGCUGUUGCGUCGUGGGUUGGUACAGCUGAAUUUGCGCACGAUCGACCUGAUCAGCAAGUACAACCAGAAGCUGAUGGUGUUCAGCAAAAUCGACUACCACUACAAGGAUGUGUUGGAACAGUUUCCGAAAUAUUUCACCGACCACUACGAUGCGUUGCACCUGUACACCGCCAAGAUGGAAUCGAUACAGAGUAAGAACGAGCGACUAAAGACACAGUUCCAUGGCCUGCUGGGGCAGCCACUGCAGGAUUGCGUUUACAACAAAAUCAUGCGAAUUACUACCUCUACAGUGGGGCAGCUGUAUCUGUUUGUGAGAAAACUACAACACCGUCAGGUGGAGAUAGUGGAGAUCAAUGCAAGAGACAAGCUGGCCGCCAUACACCAGCAUGUGAUGGAUUUACUCUUCGAGCUGGAUCUACUACCGCUGGACGUGCUGAAGGAGUCCGAGCGUGAGGCACGGCGGAAUCGCAAAACCCUGUUCCGGGAAGCGAACACGGCGUACAAGAAAAAGAUGGUGCUGGAUUUGCUGCGUAAACAGCUUCGUUUCCACGUCAGAAAGUAG